UUAUAUACCUCCCUCCUCAUCCCUUCUUAACCAACUCCGAUACUACUAUAUCUUCAAUUCAAUUUAAACCAAACUCUCUCUCUCUCUCUCUCUCUCUAUAUAUAUAUAUCUAGAUCGCCAAUUAAUCCACAGUUACCAGAGGCUUAGGGUUUUGCCACUAUUCAUGGCGGCUGGGAAGAACGACUCCGCCGAUAGGAUCAAGGGGCCCUGGAGUCCGGCCGAGGACAACCGCCUGCGGGAACUGGUGCAGCAGCACGGCGCCAGGAAUUGGUCGCUCAUAAGCAAGUCCAUUCAGGGGAGAUCGGGGAAGUCGUGCCGCCUGAGGUGGUGCAACCAGCUCUCGCCGGAGGUCGAGCACCGCCCGUUCACGCCGGAGGAGGACGAGAUUAUUCUCAAGGCGCACGAGGAGAUCGGGAACAAGUGGGCGACGAUCGCCAGGCUGCUCAACGGACGUACGGACAACGCGAUUAAGAACCAUUGGAACUCCACGCUGAAGCGGAGGUUCUCCGCGGACUCGUCCGGCGGCGGGGAGGAGCGCCUCUCGCAGGUUUUGAGGCGAGCCGACAGCGGCGACGUCUCGACGGCGAUGAUGAACGGCCUGAAGUUGAGUCCGCCUGAGAGAUCGAGCCGUUCCGACUCCGACAUCAGCGACUCCGGAUACAAUGCGGAGCUCUCGUUUCCGAUCGCGACGAGCGCGGUGGUGGUGCCGCGGGCGGAAUCGCCGCCCGCGGCGGCGGGUGUUGAAGACUUCGACGGUGAGUUCACCGCUCUGACUCUUUGUUUGCCAGGGAUCGGAAGCGUUUCGCCUGCAAAUGCGACCGUUCAAAAAGAAGCGUUACCUACUCAUCAGAGCCACCGCCGCCGCCUUAGCGAGAGCAGUGAGUCUCCGACGGCGGAGGAAGAUAUUAGGAAGAUGAAAUCAGUGUCGUUGAAUCCGGAGUUGGUUGCAGUAAUGCAAGAUAUGAUCAAGACGGAAGUGAGAAAUUACCUUUCAGGACAUAGAGAGAUUAUACCCUGGAGUUGAACGCACGGCCAUAAUUAGCCAGAUUAAUCAUUAAUUAGCGGGUGACUGCGUUUUUCCGGUUGUUGGAUAUUAAAUUUUGAGUUAAUUCUAUGCGACAGUACAACGUAAAGCGCCUCAAAGAAUAAAUUGCGUGAAGAGUGAUGAGAAUUGGUGUAAAUUUUUUCUGGAACAACUUUCAGUUUUUCGCCUCAUCUUGUCAAUUUUAGUUUGAUAAGUUCAUUUAGUUUUGUUUAAGUGGUUGUACCUUGCAACUGCAAGCACAAGAGUAGGACUGUGGUAAGCCAAUGUUGGGUGGUUGGAUUUUGAGUUUGAGCUAAAAUGUUAUUUACUUGUUUUUGGGUCUUUAAUUCAGUAUAUUCUUUCCUCAA